UUUUUCGAACUUACUUUUAAACAAUACAUAAUAAUUACAUCUGUGCAUAUAUAAAUACCAUCAAAUUUACCUUUCAGUCUUUCUGCUAAGAGUUUCCUCUCUUACGAAAGAAACAUUAAUUAAACAUGUCAUAUAUAAAAAAAAAUCAUACAUCAAGCAAAGUUAUUUCGACUGUCGACUCUUACUUUCAAUAUGCAAAAGAGGUCGUCGUUUCAAACUCAUGGGAGCCUUUACUCCAUUUUGCUCGAAAUACUGUUCUUUCAUUGAUGUCACGAAUUGACGUCGGUCAUCUUCGCGUACUUAGUAAAGAUUGUAUUUAUGAAUUUGGCCCUAAAGAUUCGAAAUUAAAGAGCGAAAUCAAAAUCAUAAACGACUCUUUUUGGGUUCGUUUGUUAAUAUUAGGUGAUUUGGGAUACGCUGAAGCGUAUAUGCUAGGAGAUGUAACAUGCGACGACUUGGUAACUCUUAUUAAGAUUUUCGUAGCGAAUAGGUCUCACCUCGACGAACUUACAACAGUUCCUUCAUACGUUUUCAGUUCUAUAAACUAUGUUAUGAACCUUCGCUUUGCAAAUACAAUUUCCAACGCCAUUAACAAUAUUUCCGCCCACUAUGAUAUAAGCAAUGAAAUGUUUGCUGCCUUCUUAAGUAGUGACAUGACUUAUUCCAGUGCCGUGUUUGAAAAUGAAGAGGAAAGUUUAGAAGAAGCUCAAUAUAGAAAAUUGAGAAUGAUGAUCAAAAAAGCAAGAAUCACUAAAGAUGAUCACGUUUUGGAAAUUGGUACUGGUUGGGGUUCUCUUGCUAUCGAGGCCGUAAGACUAACAGGAUGCCGUGUUACGAGCUUAACUCUUUCAAUUGAACAAAAAAAUCUCGCUGAAAAACGUAUUGAAGAUGCAGGAUUUUCUGAUCGUAUAACUGUUUUGUUAUGUGACUAUCGUAAUUUACCUGCUUCUCAUCAAUUUGAUAAAAUCAUUAGUAUUGAAAUGAUUGAAGCUGUUGGUUAUGAAUAUCUUCAAACGUAUUUUGAAUGUUGUGACAAAUUUUUGAACGAAAAAAAUGGUGUUGGUGUAUUUCAAGUUAUUACUAUGCCUGAAACGAGAUAUGAUAGAUAUUGCAAAGAGGUCGAUUUUAUAAGAAAAUAUAUUUUCCCAGGAUGUCAUGUUCCAAGUGUGACAACCUUAGUAGAAGCGAUUAACAAGGGUUCAAAAGGUAACCUUAUAGUUGAUGAUAUUGAAAACAUUGGACCUCAUUACGCGCGUACAUUGCGUUUGUGGCGUGAAAGAUUUCUUUCAGUAUUUGAUGAACACAUUCACCCUGCUUUGUUAAAAAGUUGGCCCAAUAUGACUCGAAAUGAUGUCGAAAUUUUCAAAAAGAAAUGGGAAUUUUAUUUUGCUUAUUGUGAAGGAGGUUUCGUUUCAAGAAUUUUGGGUAAUGUUCAAAUUGUUGUUACUAGAGAAGGCAAUAAAGCUUUUCUUGAUGGCAUACCAUUGUAAAAAAAAUUAAAAAACCAGAAGGUAUCUUCUUAGAUAAAUCAUCUAAGUAAAUAAGAUAAAUAAUUUAAGUUAUAUAUAGAAUUGAUCAAUUGAUCUCUUUUUUUCUUAGAAAUUUUUUUUUUUAAAAUCAAAUGAUAAAUUUAGAAACUCUUUUUUUUUUUUUUGAAA